UCCCAGCAGCACACACUUGCUGCUGAAAGGAAGAACUGAAACUACAGCACUGUGUGCGACUCAUAAUCCAUGCCAUUUAGGACGUAUGCAGAAAACGCCCACUUCCUCUGCUCCUCUUCUGCACUGGAAAAAGCCGAUGCCAUGGUUUUGGCGUGAAAAGCGGGUGUAUUUGUGAGGACUGGACUCAGCCAAACACAGUUUCAGGUGUCAGCUGGAAGUGGGUGUGUAUGUGUGUAAGAGUGUGUUUGUGAGCUUGAGUGCGUGAAGGCACGUGUGUUUUCCCAGCCCAGUCGGUGUUUAGAGCAGAGUGUGGCCUGAACACAUCUUACAGGGACAAUGAGUGAGCUGGAACAGUUGCGACAGGAAGCUGAGCAACUACGCAAUCAGAUCCGGGAUGCCAGAAAAGCCUGCAGUGACUCCACUCUGUCACAGAUCACAGCUGGUCUGGACUCAGUGGGCCGGAUACAGAUGCGGACACGCCGCACUCUCAGAGGCCACCUGGCCAAGAUCUAUGCAAUGCACUGGGGGAGUGACUCCAGUGACGAAAGUCCCAGGUUACUUGUCAGUGCCUCACAAGAUGGAAAACUGAUCAUCUGGGACAGUUACACAACAAAUAAGAUGCAUGCCAUCCCACUGCGCUCCUCCUGGGUGAUGACUUGCGCCUACGCCCCAUCUGGGAACUAUGUGGCCUGCGGAGGUCUGGACAACAUCUGCUCCAUAUACAGCCUGAAAACCCGUGAGGGCAAUGUUCGCGUCACCCGAGAGCUGCCUGGACACACGGGUUAUUUGUCCUGCUGUCGCUUCUUGGAUGACAACCAGAUACUAACCAGCUCUGGAGACACCACCUGUGCAUUGUGGGACAUAGAGACCGGCCAGCAGGCCACAUCUUUCACUGGCCACACAGGUGAUGUGAUGAGCUUGUCUCUCAGUCCAGACUUCAAGACUUUUGUGUCAGGGGCUUGUGACGCCACUUCCAAGCUGUGGGAUAUCCGCGAUGGCAUGUGCAGGCAAUCCUUCACCGGCCACGUGUCCGACAUCAACGCCGUCUGUUUUUUCCCCAAUGGAAAUGCAUUUGGCACGGGCUCAGAUGAUGCCACUUGUAGGCUGUUCGACCUGCGUGCCGACCAGGAGCUGAUGAUGUAUAGCCACGACAACAUUAUCUGCGGCAUCACCUCUAUAGCCUUCUCCAAGAGCGGACGCCUCCUCCUAGCCGGCUACGAUGACUUCAACUGCAACGUCUGGGACACUCUGAAAGGGGAGCGUGCAGGUGUGCUAGCAGGUCACGACAACAGAGUGAGCUGCUUAGGGGUGACGUCGGACGGCAUGGCUGUGGCCACCGGGUCCUGGGACAGUUUCCUCCGGAUCUGGAACUAAACAAAUCUCUCGCCUGACUUACUCAAUCACUGCCCACCACCUUAGUCUCGCAACCCCACCUUUUCCAACUCAUCUGGGCUGGACCUGAGGGGUGCACACUGUCCCGUGAAACCCUUUUAACUCCUCACAGCUGGUGACCUCCCCACCUGUGAGAACUCUUUACCUAAUUUUGUUUUGUUUGUUUUUGUUUUUUUUUUGUCUUUCCCACCCAGCUUUUACACAGCAUCAAGCCUUUCAGUAGAGUUGUCCAAUCAAAACUAAGAAAGCAAAAUUAAAGUCAUGAAACUGAAGGAUUAAAAAGAGGAUUUUGCCCAUAUCUAACUCUUUUCUAGGGGGCAAUAAAGUGCAUCUUUUGCCGUGACUAACAAGAUUAGCUUCAGUGUGUAAUAUGUAAAUGUAUAUAUGUAUACCAUUAUGUGUGUAUAUAUAUGCAUAGUAUAUGCAUAUAUAAUGUUUAUGUAUAUAUUUUUGUAGUUUAUUUCCCACCUUUGAGAUUUUUUUUUUUUUUUUUAAUAAUUUUGCUUUAAAUGUGUGUUUUAUUCUAAACGGAGAGUCGUAUAACUAGUUAGUACGAUUUACUGUAUCCCAGAAAGUGAAAGGAUUCAGCAACAUAUCAUAAGUUUACCUUUAGAGCCUCGUGAAAAAUUGUCUUUGCUUUAGUCAAGCUAGUUCAGCCAGUUUCAAAAGAAGAUGAAGCAUGUACUAUAAAUUUAGAAAUAUAAUUUGGCCUGACUAAACUUAAUUUCUUAAUUUGUAUGUGUAUUAGGGACUUUUCUUUUGAUGAGAAUAGCUGCCUCGCCUCUACUCGAUGGCUGAGGUGUCAGUUCUUUGGACGGUGAAUAUAAGAAGCGCCAUAUAUUUCCUGCAAAUCAACUGCAGUGCGAUUAUUACUAGUAAACCGAGGUAAUUGAAUCCCUACCUCUUGUAGACUAUUUUUGUCUUCUGCCCUUUUUCAAAUUUAGUUCAGUUUCUUUUGUUCCUCUAGAAUUAAACUGUGCAGAGGUGGCACAGGCCAUUCUCUCGCUGUGAUUCUGCAACAAUGGAGGCCUGCAAGAACACCAUUUGGUCAGUAUGAGUGGUGGUUAAGAGUUUGAUGUCUUUGCUAAUAAAGACUUCUUCAGCAAAUAUCUGAGAAGAGAAGAAGACAUUCAAAGAUGCCUGUCAUAGCUCAUCCUGUUACUUUUUUCUGUCUUUUUUUUUUUCAUUUUUUCUCACCUUUUCCUCCUAAAUGAAGGAUCAGAGUCCUGUUUGUCAUUAAUAAGGUGUAAAUUAAGUAACUGUGCUACCCCAAAAUCACACUAGUGCGAAAACACAGAAAACAAAAUAAAUAUUGAACCCUUUCAGUAUUUUUGUUCCAACGAAAAAUGUCAUGAACUGUUAAUAUGAAUAGUGGGUGGGGGGGGGAGUAUACUCAUUAGACGGAUAUGUACACUUAGAGAACUAUAAAUGCAUUCACAAACUGUAGUUCAAACGUAAACAUCACUUAUGUGACUUAUUUAUACAUAGAAGUGGAAUCUAUGAUUUAAACUAUUAUCAUGCAUCUCCCGUUACUUUUGGAUUCUUCAAACGCACGCACACAAAUCAAGCGUGUGAGUUGGACCUAUUCAUCAGCUGUCUCAGGUGCCUACCUCCAAGUAUAAACCUUUUGAGCCAUGUGGGCUGGAUUAAGGAGGAUGUGUGCACCUUUGACAUGUGGCACUGCCGUGUCUCCAUUCUGCCUUACUACACCAUUCAUAUUAGAAGAUAAUAUUAGCAUUGACAACAGUAAUGUUUUCUCUUGUGAUUCCUAUUUGCGUCCAAAUCAGUAGGCGAGUGUGACUUUUCUUUUUCCUUCUCCUUAUCGAAGCACAUUCUGAUACUAGUGAACACUAAAGCAUUUGCUUACAGAAAACCACUUCAACCCCUCCACACUGCUUUGUAAAGCAUCACAUUUUAUAUAAUUCUGCUUUUUACUACUGCUACUGUCAAAUUUUUUUGUACUUACCAAGGUUCAGUCAGCUGGCAUGCCGUGAUUUGCAAACUUUUUCUUUUUUUUUCCUGCUACCUCUUCACAUUAAUGAAUCCAUCCUGAGAAUGUUAACUGAUAACAGUAUUUUAUUUUUGUUUGUUUUUAAAAUCCUGAGAAUAUCUUUGAGGUGUGUAGGAUGAAAUGUAUCAUCUUCAUUUGUGCCAAGCUUACCCACAGACCCUGAGCUGUGAACUGUAAACUAGUCUGCAUCAACAAAAAACCACAAAACUUGUUAAUUAAGUGCCAAUCUUCUUCUUCUCCAUGAAAUCAUCACAUGAGUGUCUCACUUAAAAGCCAAUCUGCUGCCUGAUCAAACAAGUUGACUGUUUACAUCUGACAAGGAGCUUUCGUUUCCCAAAGUGUCAUGCUGGCGGCACUCAUUAGACUCAAGUUUCUAUUUUAGUCAGUGGACAUCAGGUGUCCUCCAAUACAGAUGACAAAAUGAUAGACAGAUUGGUUACUUAAAGGAACAGUGUGUCAUUUUGAGAAGCGUUUUCUUCCUGACUGUCUGCUGUUAAGAUACAUGACGCUUUUGUCAAGGUUAAGACGAAGGCGACAUGUCUCAUCUGUUUUAGCAUAAUUAGCUGCAUGUUUAAGCUGAUUGCCCAGCAACUUGAUUUUGCAUCAUGCCCUGUGACCAUCGUUACAUGUAAGUGAAGUUGUUACGUUGCUCUUUUGCUAUUUGUGCAUUAUUUCAGAUACCAGUAUUCAGUCUGUGACGUCGAUAUGAAGGGGUUGUGAUAUUUGCUUAAUGCGUUUCUUGUAAAAGCAGAUGCUGAGGAGGCAGUCAUCCCCCUGAAAGAUCAGAUUUGCUCUGAUCGGUUGUCCUUAUUGACCUAAGCAUCCGCCUCCCAGCAUUUCACACCAGCUCUGCUGUAUAAUUGGACCCAAAAUGGCAAAAGCCUGCGUGGUACACAAUCAACUUUGAUCCUCCUUGGAGCAACAAAAUCCAAAUCUAUUAAAAAAAAAAACAUGCCAAGAGAAUUACAUUUUUGUCAUCGUUAUUGGGACCCAGACACUGGGAUGUAAAUGACUUGUAGCAAAAGGCAUCAAAAUAGUUUCAGAGAAAAAUUUAUUUUGUGAUGGGGAUUACCGGACAGUGAUAUAAUGCUGUUUGUUUAUGUGGUUCAAUAGUAUUAUGGGUUUCUUUGUUAUUGUUUGUGACAUUACGUGUGACCCUUAUGACACUGAUCUGUACACUUACAAUUCAAAAGGAAAAAAAACAACUCUUCAUUUCUAGGUAGUUAGGAAAACUUCUAGUCUUUGAGUUUUCAGUAACCAGAAGGUAGUCUCUGCCGGAGCCCGUUUUCAGGGAAACCAGUGUAGAUCUGGGUUCUUCCUGAACUCAUGCUGCACAUUUCUAUCAUUUGUGGAUUAUGCCUAAUCUUGCAGGAACAUAGAGAGCAGGUACUAAUUUCUUUCACUUGUUUUAAAGACCAAGAUGUAUCGCAACAGUACGCUUGCAGUCACACUUGAUGACAUUCACCGUGUACUGUACAAGUUAAAGGUAGCUUUGUAUGAUCAUGAAACCUUCAUUAAGUGUUGAGCUAUGUCAUUAAACCCAUCUUGUCACUUCUAUACUCCACCUGGAGCUGCGUAAAAUAAUCAAACACUGUGCCCCUUUUUUUAAAAACUGAAAAAAGGGAAUGUCAUCAUGAAAGAGAGAUAUUAAGACAGCAAACAUUUCUCUGUAAAUCAUCAGUAUUAGCAGCUGAAACCUGGACUAGAAGCACUUUGAGGCAUCUGUGCAGUUCACUCAUGCAAGUUCAAUCAAGAAAGGUGCUUGAUUUUAUUUAACUUCACAUUACUGUAUCUACUCCAGGUGUUUUCAGAUUAUUUCCUCAAACUGAUGACCAACCUACCCGAUACUACAAAAUGUUUCUAGUAUUUAAGCAGUUGAUGGCCAGUGUUGAUCCUCUGAGGGCAGAUGUGCUAAUGUCAUGACUGCAGUUUGUGCAACCCCCAAUUUAAUCUGAAUAUGACAAAAACCGGCCACCGUUGCAGAACUGCACGGCCCUUUGACUCCACAACCUACUGCUCUGACAUUCUUUUAACUUUGAUUUUGUCUGUUGUAUGUUUUAAGCCAGUAAAGACCAGGGACUUGGUGCCAUGAUAAUUCUCUUACAGUGCUAUGUGUGAAAAUUAUAAUCAAUUGUUAUGGAAUAAUUUUUAUAGUCUUUUUCACACCAGACUUUCUUUUUUUUUUUGUAUUUGUACAGUGGCUUGGUGAUAUGUUGCCUUGAGUUAUUGUAACCAAUAAAAAAAAAAAAAGCUUUUAACCAA